UCUUAUUCUAUCUCUCAAUUCUCAUUCUCAUUUUCAGAACUCAAGUUUUCUUCCAGUUUUCAGAAACAUUUUAAGUUAUUAUCAAUGGAAGGAACAGCAAAGGUUGGCAAGGGAGGAAGGAAAGGUGGUGAUAGAAAGAAAGCAGUAACAAAAUCAGCCAAAGCUGGACUCCAAUUCCCAGUUGGAAGAAUCACUCGUUUCUUAAAGAAGGGUCGUUAUGCUCAAAGACUCGGUUCUGGUGCUCCCGUUUACUUGGCUGCUGUUCUUGAGUAUCUCGCUGCUGAGGUAUUGGAAUUAGCUGGAAAUGCUGCCAGAGACAACAAGAAAUCAAGAAUCAUCCCAAGACAUUUGUUGUUGGCAAUUAGGAAUGACCAGGAAUUGGGGAAAUUGCUUUCUGGUGUUACUAUUGCUAGUGGUGGUGUUCUUCCCAACAUCAACUCUGUUUUGUUACCAAAGAAGAAGGAUGAGGCUGCCAGUACUCCAAAAUCUCCAUCAAAAUCUACUGCUGCUAAAUCUCCAAAGAAGUAGUAAGAUCUUCUAGAUCUAGAAAGUAAUCUGUAAUGAAAAUUUAGGGGGUAGGGGGUUCAACUUUUGGGUUAUAAAAUCAGUUUGUUGAUUGUUGAUUUAAUGAUUAUGGUUCAGAUUUUAGGGUUUGUAAUCUCUUUCUGUAGUGGGUUUUCAUGUUCAUAUCAAAUCAAUGGAAUUAAUCUUUAAAUCCAGAUUCAGUUUUC